AUGGCUAGUCCUCCUGUUCUAGCUUUCGACGCCGAGGGCCGUCCGGUCAAAUUCGAAACCUGGCUAGAUGAUCUGCACCUUUUCCUACAGCUCACUGCCAAGGAAGAUAUUACACUGUACGACCACGCUCUCGGCCAUGCGACCGCCCCACUCGCUACUGCCCCCCCAACUGAGCGCUCACAGUGGCAGACCCGUGACGCGCACGCUCGCUUUGCUAUUCGCAACUCCCUGCCGCUAGAUGAGCGCGAGCACUUCGGCCAGUGCAAGACUGCUAAGGACCUCUACACAGCUGUAGUGGCCCGCUACUCCUCACCCGCUUCUGCCACACUAGGCCGCCUCACUCUCCCCUACCUGUUCCCCGACCUAGCCUCUUUUCACACUGUCGCAGACCUCAUCACCCACCUUAAGACUAGUGAGGCUCGCUUUCGCGCUGCCAUGCCUGAUGAGUUCCUCGCUAGCAACCCCCCCCCGCUCUGGAUCACUCUCUACCACGUUGUCACCCGCCUCCCUGACUCUCUGCGCCCUGCACCUCUCGUGGCGACCCCCGCGGCCCCUUCUUCGAGGGGUGCUCCCCUUCCCCCCUCCUCCCCUCUGUCGCCUCUGCUGCUGCUGUCGACCUCCUUGGUGCUGAGAAGGUCGGGGCUGCGUCUGCUUCAGGCGGACGACGCAGGGGCAGGAGUGGCAGGAGUGGGGGUGGUGGCGGAGGAGGCGGGGGUGGAGGUGGUGGCGGUGGAGGUGCGACUGGAGAGGCUAGUGGCGGCGGUGGUGGAGGUGACAGCGGUGUUGGGAGUGGUGACAGGGGCGGAGGUGGCAGCGGAGGCGGAGGUGGUCGUGGCAGCGGCAGGGGUGGAGGUGGCCGGGGCGGAGGCGGAGGGGGUGGUGGUCGUGGAGGCCCGGCGGGCGGUCAGAGUCAGCAGCCUGCCCCGACCCUUCAGGCCGCCCGUGAGUGGUAUGCGCGGCGCAGCGUCACCUGCCAGUACGUUAUUCGUACAGUUUCCUGGUGGGGGUGAGCUGCCGCGCUGGGCUGAUCUGCUCAGGAAGGGUGUUGAUAUUUGGGCACUUGACUUUGAUGCUAUUCUCACUGCCAUGUAUGCGAUGUCUAUUAGUGGAGAGGGUGCUCAGUACUUGCGUGUUCCGCCCGACCCGGGCAUUCAGGCCAGCCCUGCUGCUGCACUAGGUGCUAGUGUGUCUGCUUCCACAGGUACUACUGCAGCUGCUGCUCUAGGUGCUUCUGCGUCUGUGCCCCCUGGUACUGAGUCGACUGCAGCACUGCACACCUUCACACUUGACUCAGGUGCUUCUCGCUCUUUCUUUCGUGACCGCACUGUCCUUGAGCCUCUAGCUCGGCCGGUUGCUGUCUCUCUUGCUGACCCCUCUGGGGGUCCGGUCCUUGCGACCUCCUCCACCACCCUUCCGUGUCCAGCGGUUCCGUCCGGCAAGCUCUCAGGUCUCUACCUCCCCUCGUUCUCCACGAACUUGGUGGCAGGUAGUGCGCUCCAGGACUCGGGUGUUCACCAGUUCACCCCUGCCUACGAGCGUGUGACUCACUGCACGUGUGCUCGGACGGGCCGCCACCUGGCUACUUUCACUCGAGAGCCGGGGUCUGACCUGUACACACUGACCACUGAGUCCCCUCAGGUAGCUGCGUCUGCGUCAGCGUCAGGUCAGCUGUCCGCCCCCUGCUCGUGUCGCUCUCUGGCGAACGACACCGUCCUCUGGCACCACCGCCUUGGUCACCCGUCUGUGCAGCGCCUGCGGGCCAUGCACAAACGGGACCUUGUUGCUGGUCUUCCCAGGGUGCUCCCUCCCCUUCCUGACUCCCCUGCUCCUGACUGCAUUCCCUGUGUCGAGGGGCGGCAGCGCGCCGCUCCUCACUCCUCCUCCUUUCCCCCGACGACCGCUCCCCUGCAGACGCUCCACAUGGACGUGUGGGGCCCAGCCCGCGUCCGUGGUCAGGGUCAGGAGAGGUACUUCCUGAUAGUUGUUGACGACUACUCGCGCUACACCACGGUCUUCCCCUUGCGCGCCAAGGGUGACGUCCCUGGUGCUUUGAUCCCCUGGAUCAGCCGAGCCCGUCUCCAGCUAGGCGAGCGCUUUCACUCGGACUUUCCUGUCCUGCGCUUGCACUCUGACAGGGGUGGUGAGUUCGCCUCCGACCUCUUGGCAGCCUACUGUGCUGAGCACGGCAUUGAGCAGUCGUACACGCUUCCGGCCUCUCCACAGCAGAAUGGGGUUGCUGAGCGCCGCAUUGGCUUAGUCAUGGAGGUCGCUCGUACCUCCCUGACCCAUGCGGCUGCUCCCCACUUUCUGUGGCCGUUUGCAGUCCGGUACGCAGCGCAUCAGCUCAACCUCUGGCCCCGUGUCUCCUUGCCGGAGACUUCCCCGACUCUACGGUGGACGGGAGAGGUUGGCGAUGCGUCGCGUUUCCGGGUCUGGGGAUCUCGAGCUUUUGUCCGCGACACGUCCGCGGACAAGCUCUCGCGUCGCGCUGUUCCCUGUGUCUUUCUUGGCUUUGUUCCCGACGCGCCUGGAUGGCAGUUUUACCACGUCACCUCGCGCCGGGUUCUGGCCUCUCAGGACGUCACUUUUGACGAGUCUGUCCCCUUCUACCGCCUCUUCCCCUACCGCACUGCCCCGCUCCCCCCCCGCCUCUCUUCCUCGCUCCAGGUAGACCCGAGUGAGCCUGUCGAGGUAGCUGUUGACUCGCGUCCUGCGUCUGGGGGUGCUGAGCCUGGGAGUGCUGCGUCUGAGGGUGCUGAGCCUGGGGGUGCUGAGCCUGGGGGUGCUGAGCCUGGAGGUGCGGAGCCUGGAGGUGCGGAGCCUGGGGGUGCUGAGCCUGGAGGUGCGGAGCCUGGAGGUACUGAGCCUGGAGGUGCGGAGCCUGGGGGUGUUGAGCCUGGAGGUGCGGAGCCUGGAGGUGCGGAGCCUGGUGGUGCUGAGUUUGGACGUGCUGAGUCUGGGGGUACUCCAUCUGGAGGAGCCCUCUCCUCCCAGCAGCUGCAGGAGAGGUACCUCGAGUACUGCCGCCUCCGGAGAGGUGCUUCUGGAGCUCGUCCCGGUACUUCCCCUCCUACCCAGGAGCUCCCCCCCAUUCAGGUGAUCCGCGAGUGGUACACGCGGCGCUGCAGUCUUCGUAGUGGUACUCCUGGUGCUGCGGACCCGAGCGGUGGUGCUGUUGCUGGUGCUGAGGACCCGGAUACUGGAGCUGCGGCUGGUGCUGAGGACCCGGGCGUUGGAGCUGCUGCUGGUGCUGAGGACCCAAGCGGUGGCGCGGCUGCUGGUGCUGAGGACCUGACCAGUGCCCCUGCUGCUGGUGCUGAGGACCCGGGCGUUGGAGCUGCUGCUCGUGCUGAGGACCCGACCGGUGGUGCUGCUGCUGGUGCUGAGGACUCGGGCGUUGGAGCUGCUGCUGGUGCUGGGGACUCGGACGUUGGGGCUGCCACUGGUGUCCCUGCUGCUUCUGGAGACGCUGCGCGGCCGCGACCGUACUUCGUACCGCUCCUUCAGCAGGUUCUUGGUCAGGCUCCUCCUCCUUGUCCUCCUUCCUCCGUCGAGUGUCCUCUGCCUGUCCAGCCGCAGUCACAGUUACCGCCUGUCUCGCCUCUCCCUGCUCCCUCCCCUUACGCUGGUCCCACAGGAGGUCUUACAGAGCGUCGUGAGCCUGAGUCUCGUCCUGCGUCGCCUGUUCGUACUGCUCGCACUGGUCGUCGUGUCCCACGUGAGCGUCCUCCUCCUGUCCCUGGCACUCACUACAUGACUCUGCGUCCCUCCACUGCUCCGCAGCGUGUCCCGCUGCCGUCUCCUCCUGCGUCCUCUCUUCCUACUCUUCCUGACCCGGAGUCUGACUCCCGUCGUGCUGCCAGUCCCACUGUUACGCGUCUCCUCGCUACAGUUGUCACUGACCCGACCUUUGAGUCCUCUGCUGCGUCUGCUCUGGUCGCUGAGUUGGUUGACUUUGCUGCUCGCUGUCGCCUAGACUACGCUGCCAGCCUUGUCGCUAGGUCUGAGUCUGCGUCUGCCUGUCCUCCGUCCGUCGGGGGUGAGUGUGCCCUCGGCACGGACGUCCUUGAGGACAGACAGGAGGAGUUCCACUGCCUUACUGCUGCUUUGCCCCGUCUCGUGUCCUUGCUAGUUGCCCCUGAGGGAGACCCGGAUGCACCAGACAUCCCGACCCCACGCUCUUACGCUGAGGCGAUAGCGGGUCCCUACUCCUCUCAGUGGCAGACAGCCAUGGACGCAGAGAUGGCCUCCUGGAAGUCCACAGGCACCUACGUAGACGAGGUUCCCCCUCCUGGGGCGAACAUCGUCAGUGGCAUGUGGAUUUUCAGGGUGAAGCGGCCGCCGGGUUCUCCACCUGUCUUCAAGGCGCGCUACGUGGCUCGAGGCUUCAGUCAGCGAGAGGGAGUAGACUUCUUUCAGACCUUCUCCCCCACCCCGAAGAUGACUACUCUUCGGGUGCUGCUGCACAUAGCCGCUCACCGCGACUACGAGCUUCACUCUCUUGACUUCAGCACUGCUUUCUUGCAGGGCAGCCUGCACGAGGAGAUCUGGCUGCGCCGCCCCCCUGGCUUCACUGGGUCAUUUCCUCCUGGCACCCAGUGGAGGCUUCAGCGGCCGGUCUACGGUCUCCGCCAGGCGCCACAUGAGUGGCACGACACACUGAGGACGACACUUGCGGCUCUUGGGUUCGCUCCCUCUACUGCUGACCCGUCGCUGUUUCUACGCACCGACACCUCGCUGCCGCCGUUCUACAUCCUCGUGUACGUCGACGACUUGGUCUUUGCCACUGCUGACACCGCGGCACUCGCUCACGUGAAGUCGGAGCUGCAGAGGAGACACACGUGCACAGACCUGGGUGAGCUGACGAGCUAUCUUGGCUUGCGGAUCACCCGGGACAGAGCGCGGCGCACCAUCACCCUGACUCAGUCACACAUGGUGCAGCAGGUUCUCCAGCGCUUCCGCUUCACGUACUCCUCGCCUCAGUCCACUCCUCUGCCUACCGGUCACUCGCUCUCAGCUCUGCCUUCGGAUGAGUCCGUAGAGCCGAGUGGCCCGUAUCCAGAGCUUGUGGGCUGCCUCAUGUACCUGAUGACCUGCACUCGACCUGACCUUGCAUACCCUCUUAGCAUCCUAGCACGCUAUGUCGCUCCUGGCCGUCACCGGAAGGAGCACAUGGAUGCUGCUAAGAGGGUGUUGCGCUACUUGUGCAGUACGUCGGGCAUGGGGCUUGUGCUUGGAGGGCGAGACCGGGUUGUUCUCACAGGGCAUUCAGACGCUUCUUGGGCAGACGACCAGGCUACUCAGCGGUCGUCCCAGGGUUACACCUUCAGCCUUGGCUCUGGCUCAGUUUCUUGGCGUUCUACUCGCUCUUCUUCUGUUCUCAGCUCCAGUUGUGAGGCUGAGAUCUACGCCACAGCCAUGGCUGCUCAGGAGCUACGCUGGCUGACCUACCUGCUGACCGACCUCGGAGAGCGGCCUCGUUCUCCUCCAGUGCUGUACGUUGACAACAAGGCUGCCAUUGCCUUGUGUGAGGAGCACAGACUGGAGCACAGAACGAAGCACAUCGCUCUGCGGUACUUCCUUGCUCGAGAGCUGCAGCAGCGUGGUCAGCUUUGUCUGCGUUACGUGGCCACGGAGGCCAACACUGCUGAUGUGUUCACCAAGGCGCUUCAGCCUUGUGACCAUCAGCGCUUUUGCACUCUACUAGGCCUUGUACCUACUGGGCCUCACUUGCUUACCUCUUGA